AGACACGUGACUUUGGUGGCGAACAAAUGUGUCUAACAACUCUCUCUCUCUCUCUGUAUCUAUAUAUGUAUGAAUACAGUACUGUUUGCAAGGGCUUUUUCAUCCGUCUUGGGACAAGAUUUUCCCGUAAGAAGAGGUGACGAGCGUCUGGAAAUGAUUUGGAUGAUUUGGUCUUGUUCAGGCCGUGUUGCAUUUUGCAGUUUCAAAACCCAAAAUCACCAACACUAGUCACUAGAUGUCACUAGUCUACACUUCACCUCAGUCUGAGCUGCUCAAGCUAGAAACCCCAAGCUGCAGCAUCUUUCUAUCUACCGUACCUGAGCCCAAGCUCAGUGUUUCAAGGCUUUGCACCAUGGUUUCAGUGAAGUUCUUUAUGCUCCUGCUGGUGCGCCCCCUGCUGGCCGAUGUGGCGACAUGCAGCGCGCCGGAUUUGUGCAAGGAUGAGCUGGCAAUUGAGGCACGUGAUUUCGCCCUGGCGGUGGGCAAGGAGGGUCCAGAGGAAUCCUUGGAGCUUUUGCAGGUUAAGAAGGAUUCGACUGUGGCGGAUGCCACGAAAGAGACAGGUACCUGGGGCCGUCGCGGUUGGGGUGGUGGCCGUCGCGGCUGGGGCGGUGGACGUGGCUGGGGCCGUCGUGGCUUUGGCGGCCGUGGCUGGGGCGGCCGUGGCUGGGGCGGUCGUGGCUUUGGCGGACGUGGCUGGGGCGGCCGUGGCUUUGGCGGCCGUGGCUUUGGCGGCCGUGGCUGGGGCGGCGGUGGCUGGGGCGGACACAAUCCAUGGGGCUUUCUGGAAACAAAGGCGACAGAGGGCUCUGAAUCUCAGUGUAAAAUUUCCAAUGGAUCGAGCCGGGCAGCUGGUGGUGUCCGGACCUCUGUGCAGUUUUUAGCAUUUUUAGCUGCAGCAGACCUCGGCUUUGCCGGCUGCCAUGCUAUGCUGAGGACGUGCAACGGGACGUGCAAUGGGACAGACUUGGCGUUUGAGGUCUUUGCGUUCCAUACCCAUGCCUUCGAGCAUCCCAAGGGCCAGACGCAGGGCAGCUUCACCAUGCUGAGGUCUGAUUCUAUUCCAGGCUUGUCGACACUGGAAAGUGUCGUACCACCUGCGGUGGUUCAUGUACAUAUGCCGGCACCCAAGGAGGAUGUCAGCGACAGCGCCAGCACUGCAGACACGGCCCGCAGUGAGACAAAUGAGCGUGAGGAGAUCAAUGUCGAGUCAUGGAGUCUCGUUGGACGUAAGAUCUUCGAGAGUUUGGCUGCCGCAGACAGCGACGACGAUUUCGAGGAGCCACCGAUUGAUGUGAAGAACUGGAGCGCUGUUGCCUCGCGUAUCCGUCAGAAGCUGCUGGACUUCCCUGAGGACUCUGAUUGA